AUGACAGCGGAGCAAUCCCUGUAACCUUUUACGAAAACGGCGCAACUAACGUGCGUAGCGACAAAGACAAGCGAGCCCGAAACCUAUGGGGAAGGAAUAAAAAAAGAAAUUAGUUAUCGUCGCACUCUGUGCCUAAAGACCAUCAUUUUCUGAGGAGGUCGCGGCCCCGGAGUCUCGGCGAGGACGCCGAAAUUUAACGGCAACGAGGGAGGUCUUUGAAUCAGUGCAGAUACGUUGAAUUCGUUGAGUAAAACUGGCAGAUUUUUACGUUGGACGGUCUGUAGGCUAGGGUAAAGCGAGGGAGCCGCCAUGGCAGUCGGAUCAUUGAGCCUCCACAUCGGGAUAUGAAGAGGAACCGCAUGUGUCCCGAAUCGUCAAGAAAACGCCGCAUUAACCUUUUAUUAUCGCCCCGGAUCAGCUCUCUUAACACCUGACCCUUCUUCAUUUUCGUGAAAUUGAUUCUGCACCCAGAAAGAAAUCGCAAUUGGUUUUAUUCGGGAUUGAAGAGGGGGGGCGGCCACAGGGAGAGGCCAGAUUCAUGACUAUUUUAGUCGGAGAUGUGUCUUCAGAAGGUCCGCUGAAAGAAACCCGGGAAUACAAGGAGGAGAUGCCGCUCUGAUUGACCGUUGGUGGUCAGGAAAAGGGCUCGUUUAUUAAGGGGGUAAGAGUGAAGGAGAAAGGGGUCUCUUUCUGCCCGUCCUGUUUUAAUCAUAACGCUAUUCGUAUACCGUCAUCCGUUUUUUGGAUGAGAAGGUUCGGCGAAUCGAUCAGCCCCGCCGUUUAAAAGCAAGCCACCGUCUCCCGAGUCGAGAGAGAGGAAUCUAAAGGGAUCCGAACAUGUCGGGUCGGCCCAGGACCACAUCCUUUGCGGAGAGCUGCAAACCAGUGCCGCAGCCCUCCGCUUUCGGCAGCAUGAAAGUCAGCAGAGAUAAAGAUGGCAGCAAGGUAACGUCGGUGGUGGCCACCCCGGGCCAAGGCCCCGACCGGCCACAGGAGGUGAGCUACACGGACACCAAGGUCAUUGGCAACGGCUCGUUUGGCGUCGUCUACCAGGCUAAACUCUGCGACUCCGGAGAGAUGGUGGCCAUCAAGAAAGUCCUGCAAGACAAGAGGUUCAAGAACCGGGAGCUGCAGAUCAUGAGGAAGUUGGACCACUGCAACAUAGUGCGCUUGCGCUACUUCUUCUACUCCAGUGGAGACAAGAAAGAUGAAGUAUAUCUGAAUCUGGUUCUGGACUACGUUCCUGAGACGGUCUACCGAGUGGCCAGACACUACAGCCGAGCCAAGCAGACUCUGCCCAUGGUUUAUGUCAAGUUGUACAUGUACCAGCUGUUCAGGAGCCUGGCCUACAUCCAUUCUUUUGGGAUCUGUCAUCGGGACAUCAAGCCCCAGAACCUGCUGCUGGAUCCCGAGACCGCUGUGCUCAAGCUCUGCGACUUCGGCAGUGCGAAGCAGCUGGUCCGCGGGGAGCCUAACGUGUCCUACAUCUGCUCUCGCUACUAUCGAGCCCCCGAGCUCAUCUUUGGUGCCACUGACUACACGUCCAGCAUAGAUGUGUGGUCAGCAGGCUGUGUUCUGGCAGAGCUGUUGCUAGGACAACCAAUCUUCCCUGGCGACAGUGGGGUGGAUCAAUUGGUUGAAAUUAUCAAGGUUCUCGGGACCCCAACCCGAGAGCAGAUUCGUGAGAUGAACCCCAACUACACCGAGUUCAAAUUCCCCCAGAUUAAGGCACAUCCUUGGACUAAGGUGAGUCAACAGGUGUUCCGGCCGCGUACGCCUCCGGAGGCCAUCGCCCUGUGCUCUCGCCUGCUGGAGUACACGCCCACGGCCCGCCUCACCCCUCUCGAGGCCUGCGCGCACUCUUUCUUCGACGAGCUGCGAGACCCCAACGUCAAACUGCCCAACGGGAGGGAGAAGCCCUCCCUCUUCAACUUCUCCACCCAGGAGUUAUCCAGUAAUCCCUCUUUGGCCUCCAUACUCCUCCCCGCCCACGCCCGCAACCAGGCCGCCGCCUCGACCCCAACCAACACCUCUGCCACCACAGAUGGCAGCAGCACAGAGCGAGGUUCCGGCACCACAACCGCCUCGGCCUCCACCUCCUGAGCCCACAGAUGACACGCCCCCCCCACCCCAGUCUCAGCCCCCCCGCCCACGGCCUCUCCAUUGCCUCGGCCAGGGGGGGGGGGUGAGCUCCGCUCCGCUCUCCUCCCUGACGGCAGCGGAGUGAUGCCGACGCUGUCCGGGCUCAACAGCUCGCCAACAGCCCCCACGCCACGACCACCAACGAAGCAUACCCCUGACUGGCCCUUCAUCCAGCUGCUUGAACUCUACUCCAUCACAGACGUCGCUCCAUACCCUUUCAGCGGGGAAGGAAAGUGCAGGGCCGGAGCCGUUGUCGACUGUACUAUUGAUAAGAGUACACUCUACAUGUAUACACAAUGCUAGCCUGCUCAUGUUUGUAAGAGGACAAUCUGUAGAAAAAGUCCUACGCUGUUCCCGUUUGGCCCCGCCCGCUAGCUGGCCGUCCCCCGUCUGUCCUCCUCCCCAUUGUGCCAUUUUUCUGCAUCCUUUUGACCUCUGACCUCAUGUGUCCCCUGGCCGAUCCCACCUAUGGUUCCUCCUGUAGUGCAUGGCCUGAGUAUGGUUCGGAUCACCCGGGGGUCAUCCGCCCUUUCACUUCUCACCUCCACAGACGAGGCAUGAGGCUCACUCACGGGUACACACACACACACACACAUAGACACACAUGGUGCAUGAUGAUCCUGAUGUAUGUGGAAAGAAGCAGUAGUCCUGGGGUAAUGUUUUAUUUUUUUUGCCUGGGGUUUUUAAAUGGUCAUGAAAGCUGUUUUACUCGACCUUGUUUUUAAUUUGAGUUUUGUCCUCCCGGGCAGAUGUUUCUGGAUUGCCACGUGCGAUGGAUGUGACGAGUAUCUGGUCCUGUGUGCUUGUAUAAUAUAUACAUGCAUACACACACACACACGCACACACCGUUUAUAUAUUACUUUUCCUUGUGUAUAAAAAGUAUAUAUAGAUAUAUGUAUAUUAACUACAAUGGUUCCGAAAUCAUUUAUGGUGAGCCCAUAUCUGGCAGAGCAGGGGCAAUAUUUGCCGCUGCUUGAGGACAAUAGAUUUAGAUAUGGUGGUGUUUUUGUUUUCUUUGCUGGAGUGUGGUUAGAUUCCAGCAGCCUCUUCCUCGUGUCGUCUCUAUUAAGGCUGAAGAUGGAUUUAGGGCAUCGCUCUAUUUCCCCCCCCCCCCCCCCCGUCUUUCUACCGACUCAGUCUGUAACGGUGUUUCUGUGACGGUGCAGUGUCUAGACAAACUUCUCCCCCACCCUCGGUCUCGCUCCUCCUCUUUCUCGCCGGCUCCGUGAAGAAGUCGAGGUGUUUCUGAACGCCGUGGUUCCCUCGGCUCGCCUCCCGGCGGUCUCGUGCGUUGUGACCACCGACUCCAGUGUAAGCCUCUCGCCUUCUCUCUCCGCCCGCCGCACAUAGAGCCACUCGGUACAGUCCAGGCGUCUUAUUCACAGACAAUACUCACUACAUAACACGCACACACACACACAAAAGAAGAAAAGAAAAAGCAAAAAAGAAUUUGUAAAUACAGUAUAAAUGCUCCUCACCAAAAUUCUGACUUGUAUGUUUUUUUUGUUUUGUUUUCUGUUCUGUUGAUUUACUUUUCUCCAUGUGUUACCGGUAUGUAUAUAUGUAGACCCGUGUACUGUUUAUGAGCAGAAACAAAGAUGACAAAGGGUAUGGAAAGACGUGAAGAAAAAACAGAUUUUUUUCAAAACAACCGGGGGCAGAACUGAUGUUUGUGGAUGAGGACGACGACCAGCUUUAUCAGCCAUAUGUUCAACCUGACCUGUACAGUAGAUGACAGCUGUAUUAUUGUAACGAGAACUAGUCAUGUAUAGUGUAACUAUAUAGUUUGGAGUGCCUUUGCUUUCAUACACCUUCGCCUUGUUGCCCCUCGCCCCGACCGACUCGCCCUUUGGUGCUGCUGAAUGUCCUGCUACCCCGCCACACACACACGCUCAUACACACACACACACACGCUCACACACACUGUCCCACUUGAUUUCCAGCCCCUUCCACUCGCACCUCUAACUCCUCUUUUUUUUUUUCAUCGCACACGUAUUGUAAUUUACAGACAUUUAUAUAUUUUUUCCUUAAAUGGGGAAGCAAUUAGAUUAGUGUUUUAUUUUAAUAGUUUUUAUCUUGGACACGCAUGCACAUGUAUACCAUAGUUAUGGCACGGGCUCCGGGGCAUGAAGUGAAGGGUGUCCUCAUACUGUGUGUGUGACACACACCACAAUACAAUACAGUAGAGUGUCUGUUCAUCACAGUGUUGGUGCCGUUACCAAAAGCCAAACUAAGUCGUAGUUGUGGUGAGCCGUCCUCCGAGGCGGUGGUCUCUCUGGAUGUGUUGUUGUUGAUCUGUCCUCUUGCCUGGGGGGGGGGGGGGGAUUCAGUAGCACCGAAGGUCGAGUCUCGGAGCCUCUCUCUCUCUCUCUCUCUCGUCUCCUGCUUGCUGUAAUUUUGCAUUCAUGGACGUGUUGCUAACCACCACACAAGUUUGACCACCUCACCCCCCCCUCCCCCCAACUCCAGUGCAGUAAAAACACCACAGGUUUCCAAAAUAGAAGACAAGCAAGUGCACACGCUCGUAUAUUAAAUGAUAUUACACGAGCAUGUACACUCUGCCAACUGGGGUUAAAGAAAAGAAAAAUCAUAGAAAAUACUACAAAAACAUAUAACAGUACUACUACUUGAAUGCCUCCGUUUGUGACGGAAACGUUUUAUUUCUGUUCUCUUUUGUUGUGAAGGUAAGCUAAAUGUGCACCUCUGUAAAUAUUCCCUCUGCGUGCUGAGGAAUAGUUCCCUGGUACUGUAAUUUGCAUUAAAUAAAGAGUAGGAUAGCCUGGAAAUGAU